UUUUUCCAAUAAAUAUCAUUUUCUCCAGAAAUUCACGCCUGACUGUUUUUUUCUUUAAUUAUAUUUUCUGAAUUUUGGUUAGUGUAGGUUGGUUUGAUUGGAGAGGGGGCUUUGUGGUGUUUUUGUUUCUUACUUUUAACUUUUAUAUCUUCUCCCGGCGAUGCCGACGCCGGUGAACACGGCGAGAGAAUGCUUAACCGAAGAAGCCGCUCGUGCCCUCAACGACGCUGUAUCAGUUGCUCGUCGGAGGAGCCACGCGCAGACUACGUCUCUCCACGCCGUAUCCGCUCUUCUAGCGAUGCCGUCGUCCAUUCUCCGGGAGGUCUGCGUCUCACGCGCCUCCCGGAGCACCCCGUACUCCUCAGGCCUUCAGUUCCGAGCUCUGGAGCUCUGCGUCGGCGUCUCUCUCGACAGGCUCCCGUCGUCUAAAUCCACGGCGGCGACGGAGGAAGAAGGAGAUCCGCCGGUGUCGAAUUCGCUCAUGGCGGCGAUCAAACGGUCUCAGGCGAAUCAGAGACGGCACCCCGAGAGUUAUCACCUUCAGCAGAUCCACGUCAGCGGAUGUCAGACGACGGUUUUGAAAGUUGAGUUGAAGUACUUUGUGCUGUCGAUCCUCGACGAUCCGAUUGUGAACCGGGUCUUCACCGAAGCGGGGUUUCGGAGCUCCGAAAUUAAGCUCGACGUGCUUCACCCUCCGAUGACGCAGCUCUCGAGAGCUUCUCGCUGUCCUCCUCUCUUCCUCAAUCGUGAGUUCCCGUUUGGUGGGAGCUGCGGUUUGGAUGAGAAUUGUCGGAGAAUCGGAGAGGUGUUGUGUCGGAAAGAGAGGAGGAACCCUCUCCUUGUCGGAACUUGCGCUAACGAAGCUCUUAAAACGUUCACGGAGGCUAUCAACGGUGGGAACCAAACGUUUCUUCCUCAGGAGGUUAGAGGGUUAAGCAUAGUUAGCUUAGAGAAGGAGAUUAACGACGUUUUAGCCGAUGGUUCAAGAACUGAGGACGAGAUUCGUUCGAAGCUUGGUGAUUUAGUUAAACUCGCAGAGAAAAGUAGCUCGAAACCAUCAUCGGGGAUGGUGCUUAAUCUGGGAGAGUUGAAGGUUCUAACCGGUGAAACUUCUUCCAAUGUUUUGGAGUGUUUGGUAGCGAAGCUGUCGGAUUUGUUGAAACAUCGAAGUGGUAAACUUUGGUUCAUUGGAUGUGCAUCGAGCAACGAGACUUACACGAAGCUUUUGGUUCGGUUUCCUACGGUGGAUAAGGAUUGGGACCUUCAUGUUCUUCCAAUCACAUCCUCAAGACCUUUGACCCAAGGGGUUUAUCCAAAAUCAAGCUUGAUGGGAUCGUUUGUUCCGUUUGGAGGAUUCUUUUCAUCAACAUCAGAUUAUAGAGUACCAUUGAGCACCACAGUGAACCAGACACUCCCCAGAUGUCACCUCUGCAACGAGAAGUAUCUGCAAGAAGUAGCUGCCCUUGUCAAAACCGGUUCAAGUCUCUCUACGUCUGAUCAAUCUUCUGAGAAGUUACCCUCUUGGUUACGCGCUGCAGAGUCCGAGUUAGACAAGGGACCAACGAGCAGCACCAAGGCUAUAGAUGAUGACACAAACACAUUAGCCUCUAAAACCACAGCUCUCCAGAAGAAAUGGGACAACAUAUGCCAAAGUACCCAUCAUACUCCAGCGUUUCCUAAACUCGGUUUGCCGACGGUGAGUACCCAGUUCCCAGUUCAGACUCUUGAAAGCUCUCUCGAGACGCGUAAACUGCUGAAUCAGCCAAUCUCUAGUCCAAAACAAAAGGAGGAUCUCACCACAUCUGUGGCUAACCGUAUUGUAGGUUCUCCUUUGAGCUGUGUUACUACAGACUUAGGGUUGGGAGUGGUGGCUCCAAACUCUUCCUUAGAACAUAAGUGUCAGAAUGAUUUCAAGUCUCUUAGAGAAUCACUCUCUCGUAAAGUCCCUUACCAGACCGAAGCUGUGAAUGCAAUUAGUCAAAUCAUCUGCGACGCGAGAAGAAACCGCACAAGUGGAACUUGGCUGGCUCUUCUCGGACCAGAUAGAGUUGGGAAGAAGAAAGUAGCGUCGGUUCUGUCUGAAGCCUUCUUCGGUGGCCAAGAGAACUGCAUCUCUGUGGAUUUCGGGGGAGAACACUCUUAUAGAGGCAAGACAGUGGUUGAUUACCUAACGGGAGAGUUAUCAAGGCAGCCACACUCAGUUGUGUUCCUUGAAAACGUGGAGAAGUCAGAGUUCCCGGAUCAGAGGAGAUUGUCUGAAGCUGUGAGUACAGGGAGACUCCGUGACUCUCAUGGGAGAGUGAUCAGUAUGAAGAAUGUAAUUAUUAUUAUCGCCAAGGACAAAGAUCAUGUUACUGUGGAGCCUGUGAAGUUCUCUGAGGAGAGAGUUCUCAGCGCGAGAAGCUGGAAGCUGCAGAUUAAGUUAUCUGAUAGUGUAAAGAAGAGAAAACAUGAGGAAGAGACAGAGCUGCGUCCAGAGAAGGUGCAACGUUCAUAUCUUGAUCUGAACCUACCAGUAGAUGAGACAGGAGUUAGCUUUGAUCAUGAAACAGAGGAGGCAAGAGCUUGGUUCGAUGGUUUCAUGGAGCAAGUAGACGGAAGGGUGACGUUCAAGGAGGUUGAUUUCGACGGGUUAGCUAAAAGCAUUCGAGAGAAGAUCGUUUCACAUUUUAAGAUGUGCUUUGGAGGUGUAACAAGUUUAGAGAUCGAUGAGGACGUGAUGGUUCAGAUUCUUGCAGCUUCUUGGUCAUCGGGGGAAGAAGGGAGGGACGUUGUUGAUCAGUGGAUGAGAACAGUUCUUGCUCCGAGCUUUGCUGAAGCGAGGGUAAAGUACGGUUUGAAUCCUAAGGUCGUUGUGAAGCUGGUUGCUUCUAGAGAUUUAGGUGCUGGAGUUGAGUUGCCGGAGAAGGUGGACGUGAUGUGAUCAGAGAUGUAUAAAUGAGGUAAUAAAUAGGGAUAAUCCUGAUUGUUUUGUUAUCAGAGAGGCCUUGGUUUGGAGUUUUGUGCUUGUAAAUUAAUUAAAGAGCGUAUUAAUAGUGUUACUACUACUAGUAGCUGAGCUGAGGUAUCACUUUGGUACAUAAGUUUGCUUAGGGGGUUUACUAAUUCGGCAGACUUUUUUGGCAUUUUGUGUUUACUGUUUAGGUAUCUCUCCUAGUGUUUUGUAAGCUCUUUUGCCCAACUUCCAAAUAUAUGUAUAUGCAUUAAACGAUA